GUCUUCACGUUCUCGUGGCGCGGCGCAGGCGCACUGGGUCCUCGGCGCGGACCGCGCAGACUGAAUAAUAAAAGGGGAGCGGCGAAGAGGCAGGAAGACAGGACCAUGUCGAAGGGCCCCGGGCCCGGCGGCUCCGCAGCUUCCUCGGCGCCCCCGGCCGCUACCGCUCAGGUGCUGCAGGCACAGCCCGAGAAACCGCAGCACUACACGUACCUGAAGGAAUUCCGCACGGAGCAGUGCCCACUCUUUGUGCAACACAAAUGCACGCAGCAUCGGCCCUACACCUGCUUCCACUGGCACUUCGUGAACCAGCGGCGCCGCCGGUCCAUCCGCCGUCGGGACGGCACCUUCAAUUACAGCCCCGACGUCUACUGCACCAAGUAUGACGAGGCUACAGGCCUCUGCCCGGAGGGCGACGAGUGCCCAUUCCUGCACAGAACCACAGGGGACACUGAGCGCAGAUACCACCUUCGUUACUACAAAACUGGAAUCUGCAUCCACGAGACAGACUCGAAAGGCAACUGCACCAAAAACGGCCUGCACUGCGCUUUCGCCCAUGGGCCCCAUGACCUCCGCUCCCCUGUCUACGACAUCAGGGAGCUUCAGGCCAUGGAGGCCUUGCAGAAUGGUCAGACCACGGUAGAGGGGAGCAUAGAGGGCCAGUCGGCCGGGGCAGCGAGCCACGCCAUGAUAGAAAAGAUCCUCAGCGAGGAGCCUCGGUGGCAAGAGACUGCUUAUGUGCUGGGGAACUAUAAGACGGAACCUUGCAAGAAGCCCCCGCGGCUGUGCCGCCAAGGCUAUGCCUGUCCCUACCACCACAACAGCAAGGACCGGCGGCGGAGCCCCCGGAAGCACAAAUACAGGUCGUCUCCAUGUCCAAACGUCAAGCACGGGGAUGAGUGGGGAGACCCCGGCAAAUGUGAGAAUGGAGAUGCCUGCCAGUACUGCCACACCCGCACCGAGCAACAGUUCCACCCCGAGAUCUACAAGUCCACCAAGUGCAACGACAUGCAGCAGUCGGGCAGCUGUCCCCGAGGACCCUUCUGCGCCUUUGCCCACGUAGAACAGCCACCCCUAAGUGACGACCUGCAGCCUUCCUCAGCUGUGUCCAGCCCCACCCAGCCGGGUCCUGUCCUGUACAUGCCGUCUGCCGCUGGAGACUCGGUGCCUGUGAGCCCCUCCAGCCCGCAUGCCCCUGACCUCAGUGCCCUCCUCUGUAGAAACAGCAGCCUAGGCAGCCCAUCUAACCUCUGCGGCUCCCCGCCCAGCUCCAUCAGGAAGCCCCCAAACCUGGAGGGCAUUGUCUUCCCUGGGGAGUCUGGCCUGGCCCCUGGCAGCUAUAAGAAAGCUCCUGGCUUCGAGAGGGAAGACCAGGUGGGAGCCGAGUACCUGAAAAAUUUCAAAUGCCAGGCCAAAUUAAAACCUCACUCACUAGAGCCCAGGAGUCAAGAGCAGCCUCUGCUUCAGCCCAAACAGGACAUGCUGGGCAUUCUCCCCGCAGGCAGCCCCCUGACCUCAAGCAUCUCUUCUAGCAUCACCUCCAGCCUGGCAGCUACCCCCCCUAGCCCAGUGGGCACCAGCAGCAUCCCUGGCAUGAAUGCAAAUGCUCUCCCCUUCUACCCUACCAGCGACACGGUAGAGUCCGUCAUAGAGUCUGCUUUGGAUGACCUGGACCUGAAUGAGUUUGGUGUGGCUGCCCUGGAGAAGACUUUCGAUAACAGCACGGUGCCCCACCCAGGAAGCAUCACCAUUGGCGGCAGCUUGCUACAGAGCUCUGCGCCCGUGAACAUCCCCGGCUCCCUGGGCAGCUCUGCCUCCUUCCACUCAGCGUCCCCAUCCCCUCCCGUCAGCCUUUCCUCGCAUUUCCUGCAGCAGCCCCAGGGCCACCUGAGCCAGUCGGAAAAUACAUUUUUGGGGACCUCAGCAUCACAUGGAUCUUUGGGUCUGAAUGGGAUGAACAGCAGCAUCUGGGAACAUUUUGCCUCUGGAAGCUUCUCCCCGGGCACUUCCCCCGCCUUCCUGUCAGGGCCAGGGGCUGCUGAGCUGGCCCGGCUUCGGCAAGAGCUGGAUGAAGCUAAUAGCACCAUCAAGCAGUGGGAGGAGUCCUGGAAGCAGGCCAAACAGGCUUGUGACGCCUGGAAGAAGGAGGCAGAGGAGGCUGGUGAGCGGGCCAGCGCGGCGGGUGCUGAGUGUGAGCUCGCCCGGGAACAGAGGGACGCCCUGGAGGUGCAGGUGAAGAAGCUCCAGGAGGAGCUAGAGCGGCUACACACAGGGCCCGAGCCCCAGGCCCUGCCCGCCUUCUCCGACCUGGAGGCACUGUCUCUCUCCACCCUCUACUCCCUCCAGAAGCAGCUGCGGGCCCACCUGGAGCAAGUGGACAAGGCCGUAUUCCACAUGCAGUCAGUGAAAUGCCUUAAGUGUCAGGAACAGAAGCGGGCGGUGCUGCCAUGCCAACAUGCUGCGCUGUGUGAGCUCUGCGCCGAGGGCAGCGAGUGCCCCAUCUGCCAGCCCGGCCGGGCCCACGCCCUCCAGUCGUGACCCUGCAGGCCUGGCCCAGCCUGGCUCAGAUCUUCUCAUCUAGGACUUUUUAAAGUAUAUAUAUAUACACGAGUAUAUAUA